AUGGACUUCACCCGUCUCCGCCUGUCCAGCUCGCCUGCUACCUCGCCACGCAUCGUCGACGCCCCCGCAAGCCCCACCAAAUCCGUAUACCUCGACAUGGACGAGGCAACGCCCACUUCUCCGCAGAUGCCAUCGUCCGACGAUCACGCCAGUACCAUACAGACGCGACUGAAAGACGAUAUUAAGACAACCCGUCGCACGAACUUCUUCGACGAUGAUAGCAGCGACGAGGAAGAAGAGCUGUCGACGGCUGACGAGCUCGCGUUCUCGCAACGACACAGCCUGGCGUCCAUGCCCGACCAAGGCAGUGGGGACGAGCAAUGCGCCCGGGGUCGACCACUCACGCGCUACUCGACGACGACGUCGCUGAGCCCGACGACCACGACUACUACAACGCACGGUGUGCACCGCAAGGGUGCUUUUUACCUGGGCGUGCGGCCGGAGGAGUACGCUUUCGUGUGCGGCACACACCCGGCGUCGUCCACGCUACCGGAUGAUGAUUACGAUGACGCCCGUAGCCCGCCGCCCCACAGUCCCGCCAGAGGGCUUCUCGACGGUUACAGCAGGUACGACGUGCCGAGCACAGCGAUUUCGCAGCACCACCAGCAGAGGCAGACGCUUAGGAGUGAGGGCGUCAGCCCAAAGCAUGUCCCUUUCGGAGCGCCGGACUUGGCGGUUGCGGCGAGGAGAGUGUUGAGCGAGCAGCGGAGGAAGAAGAAGGCGACGAGGGACAAGGAGAGGGAGAGGUUCCUGAGGGUGAGGGCGAGCAGCAGCGUGUUGCCGUAUUCGGCGAGCGAGUACGAGGACGGAUCGAUGGCAGAGGGGUAUGGGAGGAGCGGGGGUCUGAAUGGUAGGGCGGCGUCGUGCUCAGCUGGAGUGAACGGCGUCAGCUGCGGUGAUGGUGUGCUGGAAGGAAUCGACAAGGACGGCGACGAGGUCGUGGAGACGCAAUCGCUGCAGGACAAGACUGAUCAGAACAUACUCGGAGUGCACGCCAUUACGCUACAAGCGUUGCUACGGAACGAGGAUGGGCUUCAGGCGAGCGCUUCUUCAGUGAGGCGGAAGAGCGCGUCGUCCGAGUUCAGCCGGAGGGACUUGUUGAAGCUGCAGGGCAAGUCAGACUCGGCGACAUCUCUCCCACCGCCUGUCCCUGAGAUACCGCCAAUGGCUCAGAUUCAGCAGCCGAAGAGGGUUUCCCUCGUGCCACCGCCGAUCGAUACGAGCAGGCCACCUAAGAGCAAGGGCGAGGGCAAGAUCAGGACCCCGUACCCCUUCCACCACCACAGAAAAUUUCCAAAGACGCUCGGAAGCCCGGGGUUUCCGCCGCCGCCCACGCAGGACACCAUUCUUACUCUGAGCAUACGCCGGCGUAGCGGCGUACUCUCGUCCCGUGUCGCACGAAUCACGCUCCCAGCCGAGCUCCUGGAGGGCAAGUACGCGGCCGGGGGAUUCGGCGACGACAUCGCCCCGGACGAACAGCCACCGCCGCUGUUCGACGAUGCCGCCUUCUUUGAGCAGCUCCGUGUCGAGUAUGCCAGCCUCGCGGGUCGGUGGUGGCGCUUCUUCAGCGCCCGCUCUUUGCGCCGUGUCACCGUCGGCCACACUACCGCAUGGUCCGCCACCGAGAGCUGUCCUGGUCCGGCGGCCUGUGGCGGCGGACGUUGCUGUCCUGCUGCGCGAGCAGCCCACGGCGGGAACGACGCCCUUAUUCAGCACCAGGAGCAGCAGCAACGCGGUUGCUCAGCGGUUACGCCCAGCGGCAUUUACCACGUCCGCAGCCCGCGCUACCUAGCCAGCCAGGGCCUAAAGGACACCUUCUCGGAGGAGAAUCUCCUUGCACACUUCCGCAAGCCGCGGCUGGGUCGCAGCAGGUUCGCGUGGGUGCUGUGGGCGAGUCGACUGGCCGGGUUGCACGAGCAGCCGGACCUCUCGAGUUGGAGGGCGCAGCAGCGGCAGAAGGACGUCUCCUGGCGGGACAGGGAGCUGCCGCCGACGCCUGCGGCCGCAGCUGCCGGACGCACUCCGAGCACCGCCAGCACCGCGUUUGCGGGCGCGAGCAGCGACGACGACAAUGCCAAGGGCGACUUCUUCAUCGCUCAGGCGGAACUCGGGCUGGCCGGUGGCGGUGGCGGCGGCAUAGCGCCCGGCCAUAGCAUUGCGACGCUCGAGUUCGUCGAGGGCUGGAGCAUUGCUAGGAUCCUGACGGCGGUGCUACUCGUGCUGCUCCUCGCCGCGGCCGGAAUCGUGCUUUGGAUCCUGUUCGGCACCGGGACUCUGGUUGACGGGAUCAGGGGGAGCGGCGCCAGAGUCGGCACUGCGGUUUUGAUCGGGACUGGAGUGCUUUUCUUUGGGUGGACGAUGGUGCUCGUGUGGAUGGGGGUUAGCUGGUGUGUUGUGUGA